UUAAUCUCCUAUAUAUGUUUUCAAGCCUUCUUAAUAGCAAUAUUGAUGAGUGUUUCUUGUUAAGGGUAUCUCUCUUGUGGAAUCUGAGGGGACGUGACUUUGAAAGUCUAGAAGGUUUUUGCAAGAAAAGAGAAGAAGAAGAAGAUCGAAGAAGUGGUGAAGAAAUCGUCGUGGGACUUGUUUGAUUGAUUGGUUGGAUACUAGUCACAUAUAUUUGUCAUCAAGCGGUUUCUCUCUGACAUAUAUCCUCGAUCUCCGGCCUUUGUCAACUCUAUUUUGUCUGGUUUUAAUCCGAGUUCUCGGUCGUUUAUUGGCGGAGGAUCAGGUAUUCAUGUCUCAACAAAGGCAAAAUAAGAUAUUGGUGGGUGCAAACAAUGCCGACACAACCUACACCAAGAUCUUUGUCGGAGGAUUGGCUUGGCAGAGUCAAAGGGAUAGCUUGCAGCGUUAUUUUGAGCAGUUUGGAGAGAUUCUCGAGGCUGUUGUGAUCCUUGACAAAAAUACAGGAAGAUCAAAAGGCUAUGGCUUCGUAACCUUUAAGGAUCCGGAUUCAGCCAUGAGAGCUUGUCAAAACCACUAUCCGCUGAUUGAUGGAAGAAGAGCUAAUUGUAACCUUGCAGCCUUUGGUGCACAAAAAAACUAUCCAACCACUCCUCAACGAGGAAUGGAGAAAUUCAGACCAUCUUUAAUUAGAACCAUGGCUCCAGCUCCUUCCCAAGGCACUACCUCUCCAUAUUUUCAUCCACAAGUUCCCCACUACGCAUUCCCACAUUCAGCAUAUGGGUAUCCUAAUUAUUACCCACAAGACAUGUUUACGAUGAACUAUUACAAUGCAUAUGGUGGUGGCCAACAGUUACCAUAUUAUUACGCCUAUGUAGCAGCCGGGUCUCCUGGAGCCUAUAAUUACUAUGGACAUGAUGGUCCACUGCAGAUUCCCAAAAUGACACAACAUCCUCAUUUGCCUCCCACGUCAGUUACCCCAUCUGCCACUGCAACUGCAAAACCAGCCACAGGAGUGCCAGGAACAGCCUCUGAACAGAAUUCAUCGGCAUAAUUUGAAUGACGCAAAGUAAUUAUGUUAUACAAGAGUAGAAGAAUCAACAGAAAUAGCAGAAAGGAUUACAAAGAGCCAGUCAUAGAUCAUAGCAGAUUAAAGAAAGGAACAGUUUUUCAUUAUUCGUUUCCAACAUGCCUGAUCAGGUGGCAUGCUGGGAAAAGUAAACAAGCAUAUAUAGAAGACGUACACUAGGUGUAGUUCAUUCUCCUCUCGUUUUUCAUUAGACAGGCAUUUUGCAAUAUUCACUUGCAAUGGAUUACUACAGUUAUCUAGAAUCAAUUUUAAUACACAUGUUUAAACCCAACUUUGUAUUGGUUCAGGAUAUAUAUAUAUUGCUUUUACAUCUCU